AUGAAGGCCGAAUACUUUGACGUCGCGAGCCCACGAACGGAAGCCUACGCGCUCGAGAUGGCGCCGCCGCCGACGGCGUCGAUCCCAACCGAAACAAUCCAUGUCGCGCUCAAGGCCCGGAAGCAGCUCCGUCGGCAUUUCAUGACGCUACCGGGACCGCUCCUCCUCUUCUUUGCGUUCAUCGCGAUGGUGCUGACGCACACGCCGAUCCACCAAGUGUACAUGGCCGACCACGGCGUAGCGACGGAGCUCAACCCGAAAGCAGAGGAUGUUGUCCCGUCCAAGACCGUCGUGAGCUUUAUGAAGAUCCGGGCCCUCGACGACAUUCCUAAGUGGAUCAACAACUCAGUGCUGCCGUCCGUCUUUCAGAACGUGACCAUCAACGGUACAGAAAUCGUUGUACUCGCAUCACAAUCCGGUGUUGACUCAAAACUGCUCUAG